CGAUCUAUAGAAUUGUACUGAUUUUUUUUUCUUUCGAUGGUCUUCGACCUAUCUUUGAAAAAAAUUGUACCAAACAAAUAUAUAGCAAGCUAAAACGAUUUCAUGCAUUGAAGAUUUCAAACAAGCGUUCAUUUCUCCUUUUUUUCUUUCGCAAGGAAACGGCUACGCUUUGCCGAAUCCCUAUGAUGAUCUUUUUCCUUGGAUGCAUCUCUUUCUGUAAGUCCCCGUGACGUAGUUUCCUGGCGAGUCAUGACAUUACAUACAUGUUACAAGACAUAGAACUCCUUUUCAGAAGAGCACCGCUAUAGGUAUAGUGCAGGCUCCAUGCAAGAACAACAUGGCGUCCAAAAUGGCGACACAACAGAUCAAUGACAACAGCAACGAGUCGGUGAGACUGAAAGUUUUUCUGCGCCUUAGACGGUAGUCCUUCAUGGCCGAAGUGCCAGUUCUUCAUCCUCUCUGAAAUUUAGUAGUGGAGCGAUUUCCUUUGUUGAAAUGCUUUCAAAGUAUUCAUCAAAACGAGUGACACGCUCAGAGAUCAUAGCACAUACAGCUUUCUUUCUGAGCUUUAUCGUCACCAUAACAGCUCACGACUGUCACCGCAGGCUGGAAACCGUGUGGCAGUCAGAUGUUGGAUCAUCUCCUGUCGUAUCAAGCGCUCUUGUGGCGGACUUCAAUGGCGAUAAUGUUAGAGAUGUCCUUGCCACUUCCUUGGAUGGUCAGGUAUCAGUUGUUGAUGGACGGUCAGGUCUUAACCUUGCUGGAUGGCCAGUAACUCUACCCGGAAAACUCUUAUUCGCUGCACCUCUACUGUUUGAUUAUGACAGUGAUGGGAUGAAUGAGUUAGUUUUGGUUACAGCAGAUGGUGUUGUAUCCUUUGUAAAGAAUGAUGGUUCCUUUCUAGAGGGAGAGACAUUUAAGGUUCCACCAUUGGUGAUGAAGCGAGAUUGGUUUCUGGUGGAUCCUAAACAGAUUUCCAACAGAGACUACAUCAGUUCUGUUUCAAAUCCUGCAAAGUCAGCCAGACUUGCUUUUAUAUCAGAAUUUAUCCAUGAUAAUCUGAAGGGUAAACAGCAGUAUUCAAACUCAAGCAUUGACCAUGGUCCAGGAGACAGUUUUUGGUCCAAAUAUCAUCCAGGCAGACGCCCAUCUGGUUUAUCAUCGGAUGGCAUCAGUGUCUUUGUAGACCCUCACAUUCUGUCCACUCCACUCAUCACAGACUUCAAUGGUGAUGGAACUGAAGAAGAACUUGUGUGGGAGGCCACAGUUUCCAGUUCAAGUGCUUCAGGAAUCCGUGUUGCUGAUGUGGAUGGAGAUGGUUUUAUGGAAGCUGUUGUUGCUACGUUUGAUGGGUAUCUAUGGGUUCUAGAAGGAGACAGUGGUAAGGUACUGGACGGAUGGCCUGUCAAAUUACCAAGUGAAGUACGAGCCACAGUUCUGGUUACUAAAAUAGUUCCUGGAGAAAGUAGUGCCGCAGAUAUGGUAGUUCCCCUGGUUAAUGGCCAGAUAGCGAUCAUACGGGGUAUUGAUCGCUGCACAGAACUGAUCAAUGUUGGUAAGACUGUGCUGGGGAGUAUAGUUAGUGCUGACAUAGUUCCAGGGAGGCCAGGUUUGGAGCUGGUGCUAGGGGCUGAUGAUGGGACCCUGUUGUGUUUAGGAAAUGCGCCGAAUGCACCGACAGAUAGUCUUGCCUUCCCUGUAGACAGAAACGAACUGUUUUCAUGGCCGGCAGAAACUUUGCCAUGCAGUGGAACAACGUUUUACUCUGGGAAGGUUGGAGUACGGUUCACAACUAAAUCUCUGGAAAAUACACAGAUUACGGGGAAAUAUUUUCUCAUUGAGUUUGAAAUCAGAGAUGAUCAGCCAAUGGACGUGAAAGGAAAAUUAUACAAGUUAAAGAUUAUCAUUGGUAGGCGACUCAUAAUCAAGAAGAGUUACAAGUCUCCAGGAUUAUACACCGAACAAGUUGAAGUUCCAUCAAAACCGUGCAGGGCUGUUGUAUCAGUACAACUUUUCACCGAACACGGACAGUGCUUUCAAAGCUCUCUACAUGCAAGUUUUAAUGGCCACUUUAAAGAUGACAUGGCGUGGCUGCUACUGGUGCCGUUCAUAACAACUGGAUGUCUUCUGUUGAUUCUUCAUGGUUGGACACAAGUGAAUGCAGAUGUUCUGCCAACGAUAAUGACGGGGAAAAAGCGAUAGCAGUAAAUGCUGAAGAAACAAAGAAGGACACUCAAAAACUACAGAUAUGGUCAGUUUCCAUGGUGUAACAGGACAACCAGAGUGUAAACAGGGAUAUGUGUAAUGGACAAAGAAACGGCGUUCUCCAUGAAGUCGAACAGAAAAUUCUCCUACUAUGUGGCUUUAUAGCUCAGUAGAUGGUAGCACCCUCUGGCUUCCGGCAGGUACAGGUUCAAGUUCCAUCAAGUUUUGCGUCAUUGAUUUCUUCAGUUGCUUCGAGUGCAGUAUUACUGAGGGCAUCAAGCCAUCUCUUCCUCAGUCACUCAUCGUACUUAGUGCCAACAAGAACGUUUGGAGAAAAUAGGAAGACUUUACGAAAAGACUAUCGAGAAUGGAAUCGAUUGAAUGUAACUGAUUUAUCUGUGUCAUCGCUUUGGGGAAAAAUAGUAGCCAACAGAAAGAGUGGUAAAGAACAGAAACCUACUCUGAAGUCCUCCUUGGCUCCGUUCAUCCCGUAAAUAUCAUUUUAAAACCAAGCGACAUAGUAGGGAUGAAGUAGUUUUUUUUUAAAAUGUAAACUGCGAAUUAGACAACCCUCUCGUUCAUGUCUAAUAUACACCAAUACCUUCAAGUCGUAAAACGUGGUUAGAUAGGAAAAGCGAUAGAGCCCGCAGCGUAGAUCACAAGUAUACGUACUACAUAUGAAUUAUUGAUCAAUGAUGAGGUCAAGGUGGCUCAAUAUUCGCUGAGUUCUUUUUUCGUAUUUUUAUGGACCGUGGCGAAAUCAAGGUCCACAAAAGUACAAAAAAA